AUGUCGAGUCCUGCAAUUGGUAUUGAUUUGGGUACCACGUACUCAUGUGUUGCUGUAUAUAAGGAUAAUAAUGUCGAGAUCAUUCCAAACGAUCAAGGUAACAGAACAACACCUUCUUAUGUUGCUUUCACCGAUACCGAACGUUUGAUUGGUGAUGCUGCUAAGAACCAAGAAGCCCGCAAUCCAGAAAAUACCAUUUUCGAUGCCAAGAGGUUGAUUGGUAGAAAAUUUGACGACAAAACUGUACAAGAUGAUAUGAAACAUUGGCCAUUUAAGGUUACCAAUGGCCCAAAUGGAAAACCAAACAUUGAAGUCACAUUCCAGGGUCAGAAGAAGACAUUCCAUGCCGAGGAAAUUUCCAGUAUGGUUUUGAUCAAAAUGAAGGAGAUUGCUGAGGCCUACUUGGGUAAAACUAUUAAGGAUGCUGUCAUUACUGUUCCUGCCUACUUCAAUGAUUCUCAACGUCAAGCUACCAAGGAUGCUGGUACCAUUGCUGGAUUAAAUGUUAUGAGAAUUAUCAAUGAACCAACCGCAGCUGCUAUCGCUUACGGUUUGGACAAAAAGAGUGGUUCUGAGAAGAACGUCUUGAUUUUUGAUCUAGGUGGUGGUACCUUUGAUGUUAGUAUUUUAACCAUUGAAGACGGUAUUUUUGAAGUAAAGGCCACUGCUGGUGAUACUCAUUUGGGAGGUGAAGAUUUUGAUAAUCUUUUGGUUGAACAUUGUGUCCGUGACUUUAUGCGUUUGAACAAUGGCAAAAACCUAGCAACAAAUAAGCGUGCAUUGAGACGCCUGAGAACACAUUGCGAAAGAGCAAAGCGUGUCCUUUCAAGUUCUACACAGGCUACGAUCGAGCUGGAUUCUUUGUAUGAGGGUAUUGAUUACAAUACCACCAUUAGCAGAGCUCGUUUCGAGGAGUUGUGUAAUGAGAAAUUCAGGAGCACAUUGGUCCCAGUUGAGAAGGCUCUGGAGUCAAGUGGUCUUGACAAGAGGAAGAUUCAUGAGGUUGUCUUGGUUGGUGGUUCUACUAGGAUUCCCAAGAUCCAGCAAUUGAUUAAGGGAUUCUUCAACGGCAAGGAACCAUGCAGGUCGAUCAACCCUGAUGAAGCUGUAGCCUAUGGUGCUGCUGUACAAGCUGCCAUCCUUUCGGGUAACCAAUCUGAGAAGAUCCAAGAACUCUUGUUGUUGGAUGUUGCACCGUUGUCUCUUGGUUUGGAGACGGCCGGUGGUGUUAUGACGGUUCUCAUUAAGCGCAACACUACAAUUCCUACCAAGAAGAACCAAAUAUUCACAACCAACGAAGAUCGUCAAGAGGGUGUCCUUAUCCAAGUUUUCGAAGGUGAAAGAGCUAUGACAAAGGACAACAAUCUCCUUGGCAAAUUCCACUUGAGUGGCAUUGCUCCAGCACCACGUGGUGUACCGCAAAUUGAAGUUACAUUUGACAUUGACGCUAAUGGUAUUUUGAACGUAACUGCCAUGGAUAAGUCCACUGGAAAAUCGGAGCAUGUUACAAUUACUAACGAUAAGGGAAGAUUAUCACAACAAGAAAUUGACCGUAUGGUAGAAGAGGCUGAAAAGUAUAAGGAUGAAGAUGAAAAACGUAGAAAGUGCAUCGAAUCUAAGCAUAAGUUGGAAAAUUACUGCUACAGCAUGAGAAGUACAUUGAACGAGGAACAAGUCAAGCAGAAAUUAUCUGAAGAAGAAAUUUCAGGUGCUCUUACUGUUAUUAACGAUGCUCUCAAAUGGGUAGAAAGCAAUCAAUUGGCUGAACACGCUGAAUUUGAGGAUAAGUUGAAGGAAGUAGAGGCAACUUGCAAUCCUCUUGUAUCCAAAAUUUACCAGGGUGCUCAAGCCGGUGGACAAAUGCCAACCGAUUUUAUGCCACAAGGCGCACCAAGUGGUGGUCCUACUGUUGAGGAAGUUGAUUAA